AUGAAGCUCUCUCAUUUCUUCACUUUUUCAAUAUGGUUUCUCAUCCAGGGCCUUGUCGCUGAGGCCGGAAACAAUGAUAUGAAAAAGUACAUCAAAUCGUCAUCGUUGCUGACUUGUAUGGAGAAUUCAGAAUUUAGUUCCAGCUAUUUUGAUGUCACCUUUUAUCCUGAAAACAAUACCGCUGUGAUUGACAUUGAUGGAAAUUCUCUUAUUAGUGGAUACGUUACCGCAGACGUGUCGCUUGUUGUUUAUGGUUUGAACGUCUAUUCUACCACCGUUGACUUAUGUUCUUUGAACUACGCAACACUGUGUCCGAUCUCCUCAGGAAGACUUACUAUUAGUGGAUACAGUUACAAAAUUACAAGUGACAUGAUUCACAAGAUCCCGGGUAUUGCUUACACGAUUCCGGACUUGGACGCCUACAUUAAACUUGUGGCGUACUCCGCCAACGACACCUCGAAAACCUCACCGUUAGCAUGUGUGAGGGCCAACUUGAGCAACGGAAAAACCGUGCAAACCAGGUACGCUGGGUGGCCGAUAGCUAUCAUUUCAGGAUUUGGUCUGGUUGUUUCCUCAUUUGUUUCGAUUCUUGGACAUUCUGCUACGGCUGCGCACAUUGCUUCUAACGCAGCUUCGUUGUUUAUUUAUUUCCAAAACCUUGCUAUCAUGUCUAUGAUGGGUGUUGCUCUGGUGCCCCCUAUUGCAGCCUCUUGGGCUCAAAAUUUCAUGUGGUCGUUGGGUAUCAUCAAAGCCAAGUUCAUGCAAAGCAUCAUUUUCUGGUACGUACAAGCAACUGGUGGAAGCGUUACAUCGAUUUUGCGCAGUAAGUCAGUCAUCUCAAUCUCCGUCCAGAAACUGCUCAAAAAAGUUAAACUCGUCAAGCGAAUUAGUGUUGAAAGCUCGGAUUCUAUGUCCGAUGUAUUGGAUGACUCUAAACUUUACACAACGAACGAAGCGGAUGUGGGCUCCAAGACGCUGAUUUUGAGGGGAGUUCAAAGAGUGGCAUAUUUAUCAGGAAUUGAAAUAUCUAACCUCUUCAUGACCGGUGUGAUCUUCUUCCUUUUUAUUGGGUUCGUCUUGCUUGUUCUUACAUCUUUGUUCAAGGGAGUCUGCGAGCUUAUGGCACGGACUGGUCUUAUAAAGGGCAGCAAGCUGAUAGGCUUCAGAAAGAACUACAGAUCAGUCAUCAAGGGAUGCCUGUACAGACUUUACAACAUUACUUUCCCAACAUUGACACUGCUAUGUAUCUGGGAGUUCACCAGAGUUGACUCUUCCGCUUGUGUCGUGUUUGCUGUCGCUCUCUUGGCCAUCUCCUUGAUUUUAAUGGUGUAUGCAGCUGUCAUGAUACUGAUGUCUGGCUCAAGAUCCAUAAGAAAAUUCAAGAAUCCAGCUUAUUUGCUGUUUGGAGACGAGAAGAUAUUGAACAAAUAUGGAUUUUUGUACGCUCAGUACAAGGCUAACUAUUAUUACUGGGUCGCCGUUCAUCUGGUUUAUCUGUUUGCAAGAGCUUUGUUCAUUGCAGUCUUACAGAAUCACGGAAAAGUCAUUGCUGUCAUCAUCUUUGUGAUAGAACUUUUCUACUGCAUUGGCUUGAUAGUUAAGAGGCCAUUUAUGGACAAAAGAACCAAUAUUUUCAACAUUUUCAUUAGCGUGAUCAACGUGGUCAAUUCUAUUUUCUACCUGUUCUUUUCGAACAUCUUCAAACAACCAGCUGUGGUUUCUUCUGUCGCUGCUGUUGUUUACUUCGUUAUGAAUGCUAUUUUCGCUGCAAUUCUUCUGAUUUUCACAAUUGUCACAUGCACAUUGGCUCUCGUUUGGAAAAACCCCGAUACUAGGUAUGAGCCUAUCAAGGACGACAGAUUGGCUUUUAUACCAAACGAAAGAGGCGAAGGAGACAAAAUAGAAUAUGAGCUGGCUGCUCUUGGAGCCACGGCUAUGAGAGGCCACGACAGAAAUUCGUAUCUUAUCGAAAACCAAUCAGAGAGUAACACGGGACUAGCACCAAGCCCAAAGCAGAUUAUGAGCGACAGCACCAGCCUCAGCAGCGCGAAUCCGUUCUCAAACGCAAAUGAAGACGAGCACAGUAGAAACUCUUUUAUUUCUAAAGCGGCCGCUAACAACUCUGCCCACUCCUCUCUGUCCAAAGCAAAAAAUGAAGCAGGCAACCUCAACGUUGACGCUGGGCAAGGUUUUACCAGCUAUCGUCGAAGGGAUCUUCUUUAG